ACAACGGCCAAACACAAACUAUGUACAAAUCCCCCGUUAAUUAACCGAUUCAAAUCAAAAACACUUUCGUUACAGUCCCACCAGGACCACCGCAAAAUCAACCAGAUAAGUCUUCAACAGUAAUAACAGUAGAUAUUUAUAGGGUUUUUGAGUAUAUUCUCUGAAUCUCUUCAUUUCUCUCUCUCUCUAAAAAUGGCAGUGUUGUGUUUCUCUUUCUACACCUUCAAAUUCAAUACUCUCCUUCACUCUCACUCUUCUUCUUCAACUUCGCAUUUGACAGAACAGUCGCUCUCCAAUUUGUUUGGAGGAGAGGGAGAAGGAAUCGUUAAACGGAGCAAGAGGAGAAGGAGCGGCGCGUGUAGGUUCGUGGUGCUCUCUACGCACUCCAACUCUCGGAUUCUCAAGUCCAACCGCCGGUCGCGCUUCGGCAACGUGCUCUCGCCGUUUGAUAGCGAUGAGGAGAAGGACGACGAAGACGACGACGACGAUGAUGAUGAUGACGGCGACGUGGCGGAGAAUGAUUGGUUGCCCAAUGAUGAUUUCGCUGAAACUGCAGACUUUGAUGUCAAUGGAAAGAGAGUUAAAUCACAGGACACGCAUAAAACUAGAAAAGGUGGCCGGAAACAAUCAGAAAAAGGCCAGGAUCUAAGACCAUCCAAGUCUGGACAAAGCCUCAAAAUCGAUGAAGACCAAUUGGAUGUGAAAAAUGGCAAGAACAGGUAUGCUCGAUUAUCCGAAGAAAUUGAAUUGGAUAGAAAAUGGUUUCCACUUCUUGAUUACUUGAGAACGUUUGGGCUUAAGGAUUCGCACUUUAUUCAAAUGUAUGAGAGGCACAUGCCUUCCCUUCAAAUAAAUGUGUGUUCAGCACAAGAAAGGUUGGAGUACUUGUUGAGUGUUGGUGUCAAACAUAGAGAUGUAAAAAGAAUAAUUUUGAGGCAGCCGCAGAUUUUGGAGUACACGGUGGAGAACAAUUUGAAGUCUCAUGUUGCUUUCUUGAUGGGUUUGGGUAUUCCAAGUUCCAGAGUAGGGCAGAUAAUUGCUGCUGCACCAUCUCUGUUUUCUUAUAGUCUUGAGAAUUCAUUGAGACCCACAGUCAGAUACUUGGUUGAGGAGGUUGGCAUUAAUGAAAAAGAUUUAGGUAAAGUCGUGCAGCUUAGCCCUCAGAUCCUGGUUCAGCGCAUUGACAUAUCAUGGAAUACUCGUUAUAUUUUUCUGUCAAAGGAAUUAGGAGCUCCAAGAGAUAGUGUAGUCAAGAUGGUGAAGAAACAUCCUCAGCUCCUCCAUUACAGUAUUGAUGAUGGAUUACUGCCUAGAAUUAAUUUUCUGAGGAGUAUUGGGAUGCAGGAUUCUGACAUCUUGAAAGUUUUGACCAGCCUCACACAGGUAUUAUCAUUGUCACUGGAGGAGAAUCUGAAGCCUAAGUAUAAGUACUUGAUCAAUGAACUUCAUAACGAGGUGCAUUCCUUGACAAAAUAUCCCAUGUACUUGAGUUUGUCUUUGGACCAAAGAAUUCGUCCUCGCCAUAGGUUCUUGGUUUCCCUAAAGAAAGCUCCAAAGGGGCCGUUUCCUCUUAGUUCACUGGUUCCAACUGAUGAAAGCUUUUGUCAGCAGUGGGCUGGAACCAGUGUAGAUAAAUAUUUGGCAUUUCGGCAGAGACUUCUACUUAAGGAGUUUGCUCAGAAAUAUGAGAAGAAAGGAUAACACACUGCCUUCAAGUGUGACCUAGGCUUAUGAUACAAGUAUUGGAAUAACAGUAUCUUCAUUAACUUCAGCAGCCAAUAUACUUGUUUUUGUUAUAAUGAGAUUAUUGGGUGAAGCUCGGCAUCUUUGAUUUUUAUAAGCCUCCAGUAAGCAAAUGCUACUGCUGUGGUUUCAUCAAUACUAUAAUCUGUGCUGAAGUUUCUCUAGUUGCAUCAUACAGAGUCGAUGUUUGUAGUUGCUUGCAGUCUCAGUUGAAGGCCUGUGAUAGUGGUUCCUUAAAAAGUUCUUGUCAUCUAAACACAAAAUGACAGAGUGGCAAGGUCUGUUAUCUUAAGGUAAGUUUAUAUUCCUCGAAAAUAAUUGCAUAUAGAACAAUGAAGUUUAGGAGGGACAGAUAGUGGAUAUAUGCUGGAAUUGGGUCUACCAUUUGACAAUUCACUGCAAAAUGGUUUAUAUUCUUAGAUUAGUUGAUUGCAACAUUAUGAAUAUAUGCCUUCAAUCCAUUAAAAGCUCUCCUUUUUAGAUGCUCCAAAAAGUUAAUAAGGUAUGUAUCCACAUUCCAGCUCAUUUAUGAGGACAAUUUUGAAGGAGCAUGUUGUACUUGGCAUAAGUUCCUAAAAAAACUUCAUGCUUCCAUGCAUUUUUGGUAACAAAUACUUUUUGAACUGAUUUUAUGUAUCUUACUUUUAAUAUAUGCUUUCAUCAUCAACACAGACCUAGGAAUAGCAUCUCAUAAAAAUGUAAAAUACUUCUGUUUAUAUGUCCCCAUCAUAUGUAUUUAUAGUGGAUCUAUUCAUAAUAAAGUGACUAAAUUUUACGUUGGACGUCAA